UGGCGUGCGAGAUGAUCAUUCAGCCAACAUUUUUACCACGAAAAGAUUGUCAAGUUUAACUAAAAGAACCUAGUGAGUAGUAAAAGAAAGAGUCAGGAUGGCAUUGUUUGGGGUUCAGUUUGUGUUGAGUGUUGUUAUGGCAACCUUGCUACAGAAGUUCUCUCCGUUCAUUUCCCUUGGACGUUGGAUUCUUUGCAAUGAUCACCUCAUUCGAUACCUGCAUCCAACUGAUGAAGAACUAAAAGAAUUGAUAGGAAAGAACUCUGCAGCUGCAGGCAAGGGUAAAGGAAGAAAAACAGCACCAACAGAGGCAAGAAAGAGACAGAGUAAUUCAGCAGCUGCUGCGAGUAACAACGAUGAGGUUAAGACUUUCACCGUCCCGUGCAACAUUGGUGUCCAUCUAGACAAGGCCACGAUUGAAGAGAUCGACUUGUUACCGCAGUUCCUUUACACAGAUUACAAAUGGUUGGUCGAUUUCUCCUUCUGCGCCGCUGUUAUUAACGUCCUUGUUGAAAUCUUUGCUUUCUUUCUUCCUGAAAUCUAUACUCAAGAACUCAAUCUGGCGCUUGUAUGGAACUGUCUCGUCAUCUUUUUUGCUCUGUUACGAGACGUUUUCAGAAAAAGCGACCGAAUUUAUGGAGAAACAAGGGCUGUCUUCCAGAGGUCCUGCCCCUAAGUGGGUGUUUAAACUGUUCCUGGCUGUAGCCUCGGCCAUCCUUGGUGCAUUUCUUAGUUUUCCUGGCAUGCGUCUGGCCAAUAUGUAUCUGGAUUCACUGUUCUACUGCCGAGAGACACGUACUGUGUUCGUUCUUCUCCAUGUCAACUUCCUGGCCCCCAUGUUUCUUAUUUUUCUGUGGGUGACACCCAUCGUGCAAGGACCUUUGGUAACCGGCUCGUGGCAUGACGACCUUGAGGACAAGAAUGCUAAGCCAGUUAUGACCGAAAAGGGUUACUUAAACCUUCGUUAUAUCCUGCUGUUGUUAUUCUGCGUUUUGCGGUUGAGUUUGGUCUGGCGACAUCUUCAGUCCUACCUUGAUAUGGCGCACGAAAGGAUUGAAAAGAUGAAGAAAGAAACUGGACGAAUCACCAACGUGGAGCUGCAACGGAAGGUUGCACGCGUGUUUUACUAUCUGUCUGCCGCUGCUCUUCAAUAUCUGGCGCCGACUAUUCUUCUUCUCUUUUCUGUUCUUAUGCUACGAACUCUCGGUUGCUCUGACUGGAACAGUAAUCCUGUGGGCGCCUCUCGCAUUCAGUAUUCAUCUUUUAUAUCAAACAGCACCAGAGAAGCAGCGCUUGAUCUACGAGGAGUCCUCACACCUGCUCUGUUCCGGGGGAUCAUGUCGUACAUGGUUUGGUGGUUGUGCACUUCAUGGCUCAUCACCACAGUUUUCGGAGUUAUUUAUCUGAAGAUUUUUGAAGCAAGUUGAUCAAGGCCAUCGGUAGUCGCGAAAAAUGGUGGAAAUUCCCAGAACGUGCGCUGCAUCGUGGAGAAAUGGAACGAGAACAAGGCUGAGGUUGACAUGUUGCGGAAAUGGCAAGUUUUUCUUUUUCGGAGCUCUGUGGGAGGAGUCACUCCCACAGAUCACGUGACAACAAGAGAACUUAUUAUAAUUAAUGAACCAUUGCGUUCCUUUUGUUUGUGGGGACUGACUGAAACAUUCCCAUAGCCUUUAAGUUUUGGCAUGGAGUGGAAUUAAUUGACCAGAGUUUGGUAGUUUCUUUGGAGUGCUCAGACGAACUUAUAUCGAGAAGCAAAAUUGAAAAAAACCAACAAUGUAUUGAUGCGUGCAAAUUGCGUAGGAAACCUAAGAUGAGUUUUUUUCUCGCUGAUUAGGAAUGAACUUUGUUGCACGCCAAUGCAAUCGCCGUUUUUACGUUAAAGUAAAGCCACAAAUGCUCCAAACCAGCUUGUCUCUUUGUCCGCGCGCUGGCCCAGUGAAACGUCGGCUCCUGGUUGAAAAAAGGCUGAUAGUUUCGAAAGAAACUGUUUGGGGUUGCGUCGGUGGGAGUAACGAAAUAAUUUGGAUAU